CUUAGAAAUGAGUAUGGCUACGUGCAUUUGUCCCCCCAAAACCCUGUUGACGCGUUUUUCAUCCGGAUGAUACCCGCGUGCUGAGCCACAAAGCUAACACCUUCCCUGGCUUCGUAUCUCUUUCUGUUUCCCUUCCUUCGUUUCCCUUGAGCGUCUCUCCAGGCUGAAAGCAUGGUUUCAAAUCGGGAAUCGACACUGAUUUGAUUACCGAUCACGAAUUUUGAAACCCUGCUCCAGAGAGAAGCUCAGGAACACUACCCUCAGGUUCUGUUCUCAUUUCUUGAUUUUGAAAACCCUUAAAAUGUUAUAUUCACAGCUCAAUUCAACCCUUCCCUCACCGAUUCACUGAUUUUUUCCCCCUUCGUAAUGGCAUCUCUUCAAUUCCUUGCGUCCGUCCGUUUAGAUCUACGAUCGCCAAAACCCCUCUGUACCUGAUCUUUCUUAGGUUACUGAAACCCUAAUUAGUUCUCCAAUUCAAUGAUUUCCCCCCGUCGUAAUGGGGUUUCUUCAAUUCCGUGCCUUCGUUCGUUUAGAUCUUCGAUCGCCAAAACCAUUCUGUACCUAAUCUUUCUUAGGUUACUCCAGGUUUCAUCAAAUCGGGAAUCAACAAUGAUCGAUUAUGAAUUUUGAAACUCGGGAACCCUAGCUUUAGGUUUCGUUCUCAAUUCUUGAUUUUGAAAACCCUAAUUUGUUAGCAUUUCACAGUUCAAUUCAAUCUUUCCUUCUCCGAUUCUGUGUUUUUUUUUUUUUUUUACCGUCGUGAUGGCUUCUCUUCACUUCCGUGCGUCCGUUCGUUUCGAUAUCCGAUCACCGAAACCACCUAAUCUUGCUUAGGUUACUCAAGGUUGAAUCAAAAUCGGGAAUCGGUCAGUGAUCGUCAUUCUUCACUGACCGAUUCGAUCACAGGUCGGGAACCCUAGCCUUACGUUCCGUUCUCAGUUCUCGAUUUUGAAAAAAACCCUAAUUGGUUGGAUUUUCAAAGCUCAAUUCAACCUUUUCGUCUCCGAUUCACUCAUUUUUUUUUCCCGUCGUAAUGGUUUCUCUUCAAUUCCGUGAGUGCGUUUGUUCAGAGUUUCGAUCGCAAAAACCACCUGAUCUUUCUUAGGUUUCUUAAAGUUGCAGAUAUGGUGAUCAGAAUGACUGUCACCCACUCCGGCUACCUGGCUCGGAGUAUGGCUUCAUCCGGUGGAGUUAGGGUAGAAAAUCGUUGGCUAUUCCAUGCGUGUUGUAGAAGAUCACUGUUCUUAUUCCCCAAUCAGAAGUCUGAAGUAAAUCCUACCUCUGCUGCGAGGUCUUACCAGUCCGAUUUCAUUAGAUCUGAGGCGAGAUGCUGGCCUAAGCCGUUGGUGUCGAUGCAUAAUGCGCUUGCCGGCGAGAUUGUACGUGAAGUACUGAACGAUAAUUGGAGUACUCCUCUAGUUGUGUGCUUGAUUUUGAUGAUGAAGUCAUCGUCCUCGACAAUGCUUGGAUUUAAACCUUCCUCGUUCUUUUCCUUUUUACAGGGGAGCCAUUGGACCAAAUGGCUCCCCUGUAAUGAAUUCUUCCAGGGUCCUUCAAGCAAUAGUGUGAAUAAAAAUGGUUCACAUAGUUGUGAAUCUUGUGGUGGCGUAGAUAAUGUAGACUGUAGAAAAUUAAAUAAAGGUGCUAGAAAGUCUGGUGAAUGCAGUUUUUGGCUUUCUUGGUUGGUGAAUUUUUGUUCUGUUGAUGCCAAAGCUGUGUUUACAGCGUUAACUGUUAAAUUUCUGUCCCGGGCUUCUAUGGCUGAACCAAGAUCGAUUCCAUCACGUUCCAUGUAUCCAACUCUUGAUGUUGGAGACCGAAUUUUAGCUGUGAAGGUUUCAUAUUUGUUCAGAAAGCUAGAUGUUGCAGACAUAGUGACAUUUAAAGUUCCUCCUAUCCUUGAGAAAAUUGGUUACAGUUCAGGAGAUGUGUUUAUCAAAAGAAUUGUAGCCAAGGCUGGAGACUUUGUUGAGGUACAUGAUGGAAAAUUGGUUGUCAAUGAUGUCGUCCGAGAGGAAGAUUUCAUAUUAGAACCAAUUGCUUAUGACAUGGACCCAGUGCUCGUUCCUGAAGGUUCUGUGUUUGUGAUGGGUGACAAUCGGAACAACAGCUUUGAUUCCCAUAAUUGGGGUCCUCUUCCUAUAAAAAACAUUGUGGGCAGAUCAGUGCUUCGCUACUGGCCGCCUCCAAAAAUAUCCAACACUAAUUAUGAACUGCUUGGAGAGUAAAGUGUUGUGGCAGUUUCUUGAGUCAUCCACCUCUUCAGUUUUGGUUGAAGGAUUUUGCUGCCUCACAAUUGCUUAGAGGGUCUCUUUGAUCAAUUCGACCGAAAAAUGAUUCAGCCAAUUUUUUUUUUCGGACAUCUGUACAUAUGUGUGUAGACACCUACAAUGUGAUGUUUAUUAUUUUGUGCCUGAUGGUUUUGAGUUGCGCUUUAAUGUGAUGCAUGUUAUCUCCAUUUGUACUUUACAUCCAUGUAUUUUGAGACAGAAACAUGUUUUCAAAUUGCCCAAGGGAGGCCCAUUAUGAA